AUGCAUAAUAUUCACAUCUUUUCUUUCUCUUCCUCUUAACCAAUUCUACAGAUUAGCUUUCCCUCCUAUCCAAACAAGGAGGAAGAAAAAAAAAUUCAAAUAUGAGUAAAAUAGAAAGCUCAACAAAAUCCCACCACCAUGUUGUAUGCUUAGUGUUGUCGUUAAUAAUUAAUCUGUUGUUUAUAUACAAGUGGUACGCAGGCAGUGAAGGUUGGCAUCCUGAUGAGAGUAACUGGACGAAGAAAGCCGCAACAGAAGCUGAGGCAGUGGCAGCCGUCUCUUGCUCCGGCCACGGCAAAGCCUACUUGGACGGACUCAUUCUUGAUCACAAACAGCAACCCAUCUGUGAGUGUAAUAGUUGCUAUGGUGGUCUUGACUGCUCUCAGCUGUUUUCUGAUUGUACUGUAAACGCUGAUGGUGGAGAUCCACUAUUCUUGGAGCCCUUCUGGGUGAAGCAUGCAGCUAGCAGUGCACUUGUAGUAGCAGGCUGGCAUCGGAUGAGUUACACCUACGGUGAUCAGUCCUUUACCUCUCAAGAGCUGGAGAGACACAUCCGCAAGCUUCAUGACAUUGUAGGGAAUGCAGUAACACAAGGAAAAUACAUUGUUUUUGGUGCUGGCUCAACCCAACUCCUCAGUGCUGCAGUUCAUGCUUUAUCCUCUUAUAAUGCCUCAUCCCUUGCCAGAGUUGUAGCUUCAAUCCCCUUUUACCCCGUUUACAAAGAACAGACAGAUUUUUUCCGGUCGGUGGAUUUCAGGUUUCAGGGGGAUGCAUCCUUGUGGAAAAACAAUUCAGAGACGAGUACAGAUCAUAUGAUUGAGUUUGUAACUUCUCCGAACAACCCUGAUGGCCAGCUGAACAAGGCAAUUCUCCAGGGCCAAAAUGUCAAAGCAAUUUAUGAUCAUGCCUAUUACUGGCCUCACUUCACAGCUAUUCCAGCUCCAGCAGAUGAAGAUGUGAUGCUAUUUACGCUCUCUAAGCUCACUGGCCAUGCUGGCUCUAGAUUUGGAUGGGCAAUGUUAAAGGAUAAAGCAGUGUAUGAAAGGAUGGAAAGAUAUUUGAAAUUAAAUACAAUGGGGGUUUCUCGGGAAACUCAAUUAAGAGCUUUGAAGCUCCUGAAAGUAGUCCUUCAAGGCCUAGGAGGAGAAGAGGAUAUUUUUGAAUUUGGAUAUCAAACAAUGAGGAAACGUUGGGAAAGAUUUAGUAAGAUGAUUUCAGUGUCAAAGCGUUUGUCUCUUCAGAAAAUACCACCCCAGUACUGCAUAUUUUCCCAGAAAGUUAAGGAAGCUUCACCAGCAUAUGCAUGGGUGAAGUGUGAAAGAGAAGAAGAUAAAGACUGUUAUGAAGUCCUUGAAGCAGGCAAUAUCAGAGGUCGGCAAGGUGGCCUGUUCUUUGCUGGAGAUAGCUAUGUGCGUCUCAGCCUGCUUAGAAGCCAAGAUGAUUUUGAUUUAUUGAUUCAGAAGUUAAGCCAGUUGGUCUAUGAGGAAGAAGGUUCAGAAAGCAUAUGAAGAAUCAACAUGUGUAAUGAAUAAUUCGGAGACCAUUAAGAAAUUUUCUAACGUUGUCUAAAAAUUAUCAUUAAAAUUCUCAUUCCCUUGAACCCACAA